GCAUGAGUCAUGACAUAUUGAGGGUUUUUGAUUCUCACACGCUUUUUAUUUUAAAUAUAGACAUUCUAUGAAAGAUUAUUUUAGUUUUCCCAUAUAUUGAUUGCUUGUCUCCCAAAAACUUCAAAGCUAGACAGAGUCCAUGGCAGCUGUGAACAAAACAGUGAGUUUAAAACUUGUGGUGGACACAGAAAGCCAGAGAGUGCUUUAUGCCGAAGCAGGCAAGGAAUUCGUGGACUUCCUAAUUGACAUAAUCGCCCUGCCGGUCGGGGCUUUCGUUCCGCUUCUGAAUCAAGAAAUGUUGGGCGGCUUGGGAAACAUUUACGAGAGCAUUGAAAAUUUCGGUACUACUUACCUUCAACCAAACGUGAACAAAUACACUCUCCUGAAGUACAAAGCGUUCAUCUCUGGUAGUGUUGGUACUCUCGGCCUUCUCCAAUUGCCAAACGUUGUAACCUCAACAUCCAGGAAAUUGUAUAGGUGUAAGUCUAUUACUUCUUGUCAAAGAAUGUGGGACGUUCGCGACACACGCUGCCCGUUCCAUAUGUGUGGGACUUCCGAGGCAAGUUAUCAAGGCCCACAAAGGCUAAACAAUCCCUACUCCUCCACUGAGAUGGAGGGAGGGUAUGUGGAAGAGGCCGUUACGUACAUGGUGAUGGAUGAUCUGGAGGUGAAACCAUUGUCCACACUUUCUAUGAUCACUCUUCUUGACAAGUUUAAUCUCAAGGAAAUAGGAACUCUUGUGGAGAAAGUAGUCAAUUUUGGCAUGGAUGAGGGUAUAAAAUUGCUCAGAGCUUCACUACUAUCAAAGAGUGUCCUCACUGAUGUCUUCCUCCCAAUGUUGAAAGAGGAAGUCAAUUUUCAAGAGGAUGUAAAAGCAGAAUGAUGGCUCUGUUGUAUCUUGGUGGUGUUUCAAUUUCUAAGUGAAGAAUUCUGUGGGAUUACCAAUUUUUUUUUUUUUUUUUGGUUGCAAAUAUGUUUCGAAUGUAGUAAAAUCUGGUGUGGCAAUAUAGUGGACAAUGGUUGCUCCCCUCCUCUCUCUCUCUCUCUCUGAAAUGAAAUUUUGUAAGGUUUGUUAGAGGUUAGCUAAUUCUAUAAAAAAUUUGGUUAUAAUUAUUAGAAAAUUACAUUGUAAUUUUAAUUAAGUUUACUUGUAA